UGCUCGACUAGGAACAGGCUGCAUCUGCUGGUCGUGACAGAGGAGAAGCAGAAGAACCCAAGCUCGUCCUCUCCUGCAGCUCCUGGUCGCAGCUCUCUCUCCCUCCUGCAGAACCUCUCACUCGUGUGUCCAACAUGUCUGUGGACUGGGUCGGUUACGGGUACGCAGCGCUGAUCGCUUCCGGAGGAGUCAUCGGUUACGUCAAAGCAGGCAGUGUCCCCUCUCUGGCUGCAGGUCUCCUCUUCGGAGGCCUUUCAGGUUUUGGUGCCUACCAGAUCUCCAACGACCCCAAGAAUAUUUGGGUUUCCCUCGCUACUUCAGGAGCUCUGACUGGCGUAAUGGGAAAGAGGUUCUAUGGGUCCAGGAAGUUCAUGCCAGCGGGCUUGAUGGCUGCAGCAAGUCUUGUGAUGGUGGGGAAGCUUGGCAUUUCGUUGCUCCAGAAACCCCAGCCGUCCUGAAGAAGCGAAGAUUGUGAAGUGUAUCCCAUCGUCUGCUUCAGGAGCCGUGUGUCAUUCAGUGUUUAAAAAUAUCUUUGAAAUAUUUCCCAUGUUACAUGUUUGAAAUAUAGUACUUUGUUUAUAUAAUAAGAA